AUGCCCCUUCUAAGUUCAAGAACAACAGCCGCAGGCAGCUUCGGCUGUCCUAUACCUGACCAUCUUGAGCAAAUUGGUGGUGGCCCUUUCGUGGGAAACCUUACCUUCUACCAUUUCAACAUGAUCGUAUCCGGCAGUUGCACUGCCAUAGUAUUGACUUUGAUUUUUGGCCUGAUGGGACGACAUGCGAUGCGUAUGAGUAACCCCAGUGAACAGAUGAAGAUAAUGCGUAUUUGUAACCUCAUUCCCUCAUACCAAAUUUUAUCCUUCAUCUCGAUCUGUUUUCCGAAUUCCUACGUCUACCUCCAAGGAUUUACCGAGGUGCUUCAGGGUGUGGCUUUAUAUGCAUUUCUCAUGCUGCUCUGUGACUUCCUGGCUCCCAGUGAUGGGGGUAAAGUGGAGUUCUUUUCUUCACUAGAGGUAAAGAGACAAUGGCAGCCAAAGAAGAAGAGGAACGGCAUCGGGCUUUUGACUUUGACAUGGUAUUCUGUACUCCAGUAUCCAGUCAUCACCUGGAUUACCGCUGUCUCCCAGAUAGUGACGCAGUCACUACAUGCUUACUGUCUUGACAGUACAGCGCCUCAUUUCGCUCAUAUCUGGCUCCAAGUCAUCACCUCGCUGUCGACGUCAGUGGCUAUCAACGCCAUCCUCCAAUUCUACAUAAACCUGAAGGGAUACAUGACCGAGCACAGACCGCUACUUAAGCUGAUGGCGUUCAAGCUGAUUGUGGGAGUAGUUCUCGUGGAGAAAAUACUUUUCCUGAUUCUUACGGGAACAAAAGUCCUUACUCCGUCUGCCUCGAUGACCUAUAUCGACGUAAUGAUGGGCCUCCCAACAAUAGUAAUCUGCGUGCAGAUGGUGCCACUGUCCUUCCUAGUUCUCUACGCAUACCGCACAAAACCUUACGAGGUCUCAGACUCAGUGUCCAUCCUCCGAGUCCAAGGAUAUCAGGCCGUCGAGUCCGCUGGCGACGAAGAAGCCUUUAUGUCUGACUUUGAGAAACGCUAUCAAGGCGGCCGAUGGGGGUUACGUGCUUGGGCUCGCUAUUUAAAUCCACUACAGCUUCUACGCGAAGUAAUGUCAGCCCAUGUCAUGAUUCAUAAGGCACGGGAAGUUCAGAGGGCUCAUUUGAUGGAGCAGGCAAAAGAAGAAGAAAGGGCAAGGUUUAGGAGAAUGUGUAACAAUGGCUAG